ACCCGUGACUGACGUGAGUUUGCCUGGUCAGACGCUCGAAAAUAAAAGUGCUGGUACCUGUGGCACUCAAAUCUGCUAUUACUUAUUUUUAUUAUUAUUGAUCUUUAUUGACGUAUGAGGCGUCACCACGAAGUAAUUACUCAUUGCGACGCGCCCCAUUUGCAACAUAGUUUUAUGGUUAAAAUUUUUUGGUUUUUCAAUUUAGAUUAUUUUUAGUGUAUUUUUCUUGAAUUAGGGUCGCCAACCCUGACUAUAACUGGUAGGGGCAGUUUUAUAAAACAAACAUUUUUUCAACGAGGGCAAAGCCCGUUUUUAUCUUAUUCAAUGAUAAUAAUUAUUUUAAAAAUAUUAUAUGUUAGAUUAAUAGAAUUAUUUACAGUAUUGAUGUUUUAGAGUAGAGGAAGGUUUAGCUAAUUUACCCAAUAUUAACACGGCUUGAUAAAUUUUUAUACAGUUACACCAUUUCUCUAGUAAAGUUAUAUAAGAGGUAGGGCAAGAUUUGAAGGUCUCUCGCUGGAAUCAUGGUGGGGCUGCCCAAUCUGUGGGUAGAUGACGCGUACCAGACUUUUAUCUUAUACCACUCUUUUAGUGUAUAACCGCGCGUUGCCCGCUAUGUUGACGUUAUCGCGACUAUAUCCUUUCCACAAUCUACACCGUUUGGUUUCCUUCAGGUUACAGUUAUUAGUAUGUAUUGUGCUUCUGGCACACUGAAAAAUUAGUGUCUUGUGCUGUGCGCGUCAGUGAAGCGAUGGAGCCAUGUGCUAUGCGACACAAUUUCAGUAAAGCGUACUCGGCCGCAGGUGAAGCGGCCAAACGCAACUGGCAAAACCAAACUAUGCAAAUGCGAGUCGUCAGCGGAAUGUGGUCCCUAGACAGCUUUGAUCCCUUCCAAAUUUUCCAGGUAAAGCAUAGAGAAUGUCAUAUACUUAAAGUAUUCGUUGACAAGGGUGUUAACAUCUCCAAAGGAUGGCUCAGCGACUUUGUGGACAAACCGGAUCCGUACCUGAUAUUGUCUGUACCUGGGACUCCCAAUGGUCGCAAGCACACAAAAACCAUCGACAACACUUUGAACCCGGUUUGGAAGCAGGAAUUUGAGUUUUAUCUUGACCCAGAAGACGUUUAUCAGCUAGAGAUCGUGGUAAUGGACGCUAAUUAUACUAAGGAUGGUGAAAUGGGCAGGCACAUUGUGCCAUUGGACGACCUUGAUGCCAGUGCCGGAAGGGACAGCAAAGAUUAUGUAGCUGUUUUUAAAAACGGUGCCAAGAUAUUUUUGAAGGUGGAAUUGACCGAAAACUCAAAGCCUGACUUAAGAUACAGUUUAGCCUUAUCAGACGAGGAGAAACAGUUUUUGAGAAUGCGAAGGGAAAGAAUAAUGGUAGCAAUGAACAAUUUAAUGCCUGAAAAUGGACCAAAGAGCACCAGAGAAGUCCCAAUGAUUGGAUUUUUGGGGUCUGGAGGAGGUUUCCGAGCUUUGGUUUCAAUGACUGGGGUGUGCACUGCCCUUCACGACGAGGGUAUCACUGACUGUUUGGCAUACAUGGCUUCUCUCUCAGGAUCAUCAUGGUAUUUGUCUUAUCUAUACGCGCAACCAGACUUUCCCGAGAAAUCUCCCGCAUAUUUUCGAUCUAAACUAAGAGAAUCCAUUUCAAAAGAUUGGAAAAAAUUGUUGUUGAAGAAAUUCUUCCACUACUCGAGAGAGCUGAUAAACAAAAAAACUUAUGGGCAGCCUGUUUCAUUUUCGGACGUAUUUGGGCACUUGAUUGGUGAGACUCUGCUGGGGCCAGAAUUAAAAAAUUCGACAUUAUCGAGCCAACGAAGAUGCUUAGAACAUGGCAGAGCGCCAAUGCCGCUUUACACGUGUAUAAAUGUUAAGAAAAACGUGUCAGCUAGAGCAUUUCAGGACUGGAUAGAAUUCAGCCCGUUCGAAGUUGGGAUGGCUAAGUAUGGCUCGUUCAUGAAGCCACAGCAAUUUGGCAGCAAAUUCUUCCUCGGAAAAAUAAUAAAAGAAUUUCCUGAGUACCCACUUCACUUUUUACAAGGAGUUUGGGGAAGUGCGUUUUGCAAACUUUUGAAGUGGCACAUACGUGGUGAAGGAACCGCCAGUGGAGGGGACUUAACUUCCACUAGUGAUGAGGAACUAAGAGACUUCAAGAAUGAGGUUGAAGCACUAACUCACAGCUACAACAGAACUAGUGCGCAGUUGGAAUUUGACAUAGAGGGGGAAUCUGAUGAUGAAGAUUUCAAAAAUGUCAUGAAUAUUCAGGAGAAGCCAAAUAUAGAUAAGGAAUCUGCUUCAAGUAGCGAGGAACUUGUCACCAGCUCUGAGGAUGAGACAGAUGAAAAAACUAAAAAACUUGCAAGACGAGGAGCAUUAAAACAGCGAGCUCAAAAUAAAAAUGAUAAACAAGAAAAGCCAAAUUCGUGGAGAACGCGGCGACAGACAGUAAAAAAAAACAAGCAGGAAAAAGCAAAGAACAUCUGGGGCCGCAGUAUAGACGCACUUUUCUGCAGCGACAUUCUGGACACCAGGGAUGGAAGGGCGGGCAUGAUUUUCAACCCCUUGCGAGGACUCAACUUAGAGAAUACCUUUGACAUCUCACCAUUCCACCUUGCAACAACACCAGAAGAUAACACAGAUUUUGUGGGACACUAUGAAGCAACAAAUCUAAAUGCGAAAAAGCUAUACCUUGUGGACUCGGGGCUCACAUUCAAUAUCCCAUUCCCACUACUGCUUCGGCCACAAAGAGCGGUAGAUCUCUAUUUAAGUUUUGACUUUAGUACCCGAGAAUCAGACCUCGAAAUGCCUUUUAAGCAAUUGAUCGUGUCUGAAAAAUGGGCAAAACUGAACCACGUUCCCUUCCCACCAGUGGAACAGCAGACUAAAAAGUUUGUUCAAGAACCAAUAAGGGAGUUCUAUAUUUUUGAAAAUACCGAGGACUUUCAGUGUCCAACUGUUGUGCAUUUUGUGAUACUCAACAAAACCUUCCGCGAUUUCAAAGAACCAGGAGUUCCAAGGGAGACCAAGGAGGAGAAGUAUUUUGCUGACUUCAACAUCUUUGGGCCGGACACUCCCUAUUCGAUUCUCAACUUCCAAUACACACAUGAGCAAUUUGACAGGCUUUCUGAGCUAAUGGAGUUCAACACUAGGCUAGGAAUGAAUGCGAUCAAAAAGGAAAUUGCCAAAGCUAUUGAGAAAAAGCGCAAACUAGCUGAAAAACCUCAGCCACCAAUAGAAUUAUCAGAAUUGCCAAUACUACGGAGUAGAACGAAAGAAAAAGAAUUCAACGAGUAUAUGUCUUUGAGAAUGUCAUUGGCACAUGAAAGUUUUUAUGAUGAAACUGGCGAAAAUUCCGUUUGAGAUGGCCUUCAUAUUGCAAAUUAUUGAUUAUAAUUUUAAGUGAUUGUAUGAUUUUCAAGGCUUAAGAUUAAUUUGUUUUGCUAAGCAUUAUAAUUUCACAUACAUGGUCAUAAAAUAGAUUUUUAAAUUUAUUUUAAAAUGUGGUGUUUUUUCCAAUUUGCUGAUUUUUUGCAUUUUUUCUUGCUCAUGAAAUAGGGUCGCAGACCGUGACCGAAACUGGUAGAGCCGUUUGUUUUUGAAUAAAAACAAUUUUUGCAACGAGGAAAAGCCCGAUCUCUUCAUUUCCAUAAGUCACUAUACUUUGCAUUAUUAAUUAAAUGAUAAAAUUAAUAAAAUUCGUUGAAAUUAUAGAAUUUGUGUUCAAAUAUAAACAAUUUCACCGGCUAUGAGUUAAAGUGAGAGUUAUUGUUCACUAGCACUGUGUUCUUCCAACCAAUUUUUCACAAUAAUUGUUCUGAAUUAUUUGGAGAAAAAUAAAUAAAUUAACUUUACAAGAACCUCGUCACUUUCGAGGUCUUUCAAAGAUUUCAUUGAAUGGUUCUAAAUCCUUGUCUUCAAAAAAUUGUGCUAUAAAUCAAAGUAUAUUUUUCUCCAUUUGGUAUAUCUCUAGUAUUUUCCAGACUAUAUUUUUUUGGUUGGCACUACUGCAUAAGCACUGGGCGGUUUCACCGGUCUUUAGUGAAUUAUUUUAAUUUUUUAAUAUAUUCUGUAGCAUUUCCACAGCAUAAAACUUUGCCCACAAUCCGCAGUUUUCGCAAUCAGCACUAUUCAAUGUUUUUUUUUAUCAUAAAAAUAUUUUUUAUUUAUUCUCCAUUCAAUGCAUUGAAAUCUGAGCAAAAGAAUGAUGUCUAAAUUAAAAACAAAAAUUUGAUCAAUUUUGUGCCUGAUAUUUUUUAAUGUAUGAGGGCAUUUUUUUGAAAGAAUUAACCACUUUUGUUACGAUACAAAGAUGAAAGAAUGCCAUUCUGAUUUUUUAGUAUGUUGUUGGGGUCAACAAGAGCUUCGUCUCCCUAAAUUUUCAAUAAAAAAUUUUGAGCACUUUUCCGGAAAAACGAGUUUUCCCAAAUUCACAAAAUAUUGAAUAUUUGCUCCAAUUGAGAAAAUAACUAUAUUCUUUUCAUCUCCAGACGCAACUUUUUAUGCCCGACAACUUUGCUGUUGAAAGUUUUUGUGUAGGUCAAAAGUUAAGGUCACUAAUUUUCAAGUUUCACUUUGAAACGCAAUUUUCGAAAAGAUGACCCCCUCCGAUUUUUUUGGGGGUAUAGGAAAAAAUGUAGCCCGGAGUGUGUAGAACAAAAUACUUGAUUUCUGGAAAGAAAAAAUAUUCAGUUUUCAAGAUAAAUUUAAAUGAAUAUUAAAAAACAGCGAAAAAUCACUUUUCCGCAAUAGGAAUUAAUUUUCAAACGGCGAUAACUCGAUUUCUGUGAGGGAUACGUAAAAAUUUGUCACGACAAAAAAUGUUAUAAAUUGAUUUUCCUUUUGAACAAUGUAUUGGUCAUCCAGGUCAAGUCACUUAAGGUCAUUGACCCCCGUGACCCUCGACCUUAAAAGAGGGUCUAGCAAUAGAUGAUGUAAAUGAUAUAAUUUUUCUUUAAAUAUUUGUGAUGAGACUGAUGAAUGUUAUGUUCAUUAAAACGCAUCAAUUUUGACCAGUGCUAAACCCUCCUCUAGAACCCCAAGUUACCCAUUUUUUUUUUAUUAAUUAAGUGCAGGUGAAGUGUAAUUAAAGGAAAAUUAAUAAAAUAUGAAAGUAGGUUUUAACAUCGCUGAAUAAAUAAAAAAUCUUUCUUAAUGAACACAAAACGAUUAAAAUUAAAUAUCCAUGCUGCUUGUCUAGUAGUUGCAGAGGUACUUUGUAUUUUUCCUAUGACAAAAUUGUAAAUUGGUGGGUCGCAAAGGAGACACAACAUGGGGUUACAACAGGCCCGGACUGGGUAAUCGGGCGCACCGGGCGAGAGCCCGGUGGGCCGCCAAAAAGGCCGCGAAGCGGCCCUCGGGCUGCGGCAAAAGCGCAUGGGCCGCGAAGCGGGCCGCGCGCUUUCCGCGCUUACGACGUGCGCCGCUCGUGUCGGGCCGGCUGGGCGGCUGGCAGACCGUUACAAUCUAUAAUGCAAUAAAGCAACAAUAAUAAUAAUAACAAUGGCCGCACUUUGGGCGACGCUCACUCACAAUAAUAUUGUUUUAAAUCAAACUAAUGCAAUAACUUGUGGUGUUUUUUUUUUUUAUUGUU